AUGAUUGAUCGAUUUCAGGAGAGAGAGAGAGGAGAGAGGAGAGAGAGACGAGGGAAGAGUGUGUCGGGAGAGGCAGCAGAGGCUGCAGAGCAGGGCGAGAUCCAGACAGACAAGACCAACCCAGUCGCAGGACACUCCGCCUUGACUGACUAUCUUGCUUCGAAUAACAUCUCAGCGCAACAAAUUCGAACUGACUGGGACCGGCGGCAAGCGGAGGCAUUACGCCAGGCUACCGAGCAAGAACCAUCUGUUACAGCUGAGCAAUCUCAGUCUCCGCCAGUGCCAACCUCACCAGAAGAUGCGGUUAAGAAGCGCAAGCGUCAGCAAGCUAUCGCAAGGAUCAAAAACAGCAAGGAAUUCGCUAGGCGCAAGGCUCGUGGGGGUUACGAUGAUGACUCCGACGAUGACCUUGCAAUCGAGAUCCACGAAGAACAGAAUCGACGGAAACCGGGUCAGUUCGCGAACUGUGAGAUAUGUGACAAGCGUUUCACGGUGACUCCCUACAGCAAGACUGGCCCGGAUGGCGGUCUGCUCUGCAAUAUUUGUUCCAAGAAGCAGAAGGACGAUAAAAAGAAGCCGCCAGCGAAAAGGCGUGCUACAGGAAUCGGCCGACGCCAGAAUCAAUCCAACUUGCUCGACGGGUUAACUCCUCAUGGCACUCAAAGUUUACUAGAAACCUGCAUCAAGAAAGUGGCUGAUUAUAUCCAUGACAUCGAAGACUUCGGUGAUUUGCCUCCCUCAUUGCUGCUGCGUCUCGGUCAGAUCUUGUCCAGAAGACGGGCUGUGACUCCACGGACCUUGGAUCUGUUUUUACGGCCCCAAUACACAUCCAUUGACUUGUUUGACUGUGCUAAACUCGACACGAAUGAUUACCACAAGAUACUAGCUUCCAUGCCCCGUCUUACAAGGGUCAACCUUCGGUUCACCACGCCAAUGAAGGAUCAAGUAUUCCAUUACAUGAUGGAGCGUGAUAUGAACAUCAAAGAUCUUCAUCUAGAUGGUGCGAACCUGGUGACUGACGACUGUUGGCGCCAGCUUUUCACGAAACUUGGUCACCGGUUCCUGAGCCUGAAACUGUGGAACCUGGAUUCAGCUUUUGAUAACGAGACUGCCAAAGUGAUGUGUCUUCAAUGCCCCGAUCUUCAACGUUUGAAAUUGAAGUUUCUUCAUAAACUCGACAAUGAUAUGCUUGCAGAGAUCUCCACGCUGAAAUCCCUUCAACAUUUAUCCCUGCGUUUCAUGAGAGAGACCGAGAUUGAGACCGAACCCGUCCUCCAGAUUGUGGCUAGCGUUGGCUCUCAGCUCAGAUCGCUGUCCCUAGAAGAGUUCGAAUUUGUUGAUGACCGACUCCUUCAGCAUCUCCACGAGCAUUGUCGUCUCCUGACCAAGCUUCGUCUAACCCUCAACUCGACUUUCACCGACAAAGGCCUCGCUGCUCUCUUCACAGGUUGGUCGAACCAGGCCCUCACCUAUGUGGACCUGCACUCUCUCCGGGAUGUGGAUAUGACGAAUCCCGAUGGACCCGAGGAGCCUAUUGGUCUUGCUUCCGAUGGUUUCAUUGCUCUCAUGGAACAUUCAGGUUCAAAGGUUCAGCACCUGAACAUCGCCUCGUGCCGUCAUGUUUCAUACAAAGCGUUCGAGCAGGUUUUUGCGGAGAACAAAUUGUACCCGAAGCUCAACUACCUUGACAUAUCCUUUAGCACUGUUGUCGACGACUACCUGAUACAGUGUAUUCUCCGAUGCUGCCCGGCUCUCCAGAGACUAGUUGUGUUCGCUUGCUUCAAGAUUCGCGACGUUCAUAUCCCCAGGGGACUUGCUCUGAUCGGUACAGUGGGUGCGACCAUCAAAAUUGACGGGAUCACUCAGACUGAGACCAUUUGA